AUGUCUCGUCUCAGCACGGCAUAUCAUAUCCUGAUCAACGUCUUAAGCACUAUUCUGCUCACAGCAAGCAAUUACUGUAUGCAGAUACUCUGCGCUCCCACCAGGGAUGAAGUAGCUAGGGCGCAUCGUGAUGGGCAAGGACUGGAUAUAGGCAUCAUUAGCCUACGCAAUCUACGGUACAUCAGCAAGCGAAAGUCAACCCUUUUCCUCUCGUUAGCGCUUAGCUCGAUACCGCUUCACUUAUUCUACAACUCGGCUGUCUUUGGAGUUACGAUAGGACGACAUUACCGUGUGCAUUAUGUUAGCGUAAACGAAUCCGACACUAUUACGACCCUUAGUGCAGCCAGGACUGAUCUCACCAACGAAGAGUGGUGGAAGAUGUACUCAACACAAUAUCUGCAUGACGCAGCAGACCUCUAUCUUAUCGCCGACCGUAUUGGGUUCAAGCUUGAUAUGCACGCGAACGGCAGCUGGGUUCUGGCGCGUCCGCUAGUCUGGGAAAACAAGAACGUUAUAAAUCUUCCAGAGGAGGCGGACGUCCUUGUUGUCGGUACGACCCUGAAUGACAACGGAACAUUCCAGCAAAAAAACUGGAGCCAUCAGGUUUCUUAUGACCUUCGCAAUGGUCAUCCGGCUUCCCACUAUCCUGGGCUGAUCCCAUGGCCGCAGCCAACGUUCAUCAACGCUUCGAUAAGUCCUUUGGGCAUAAAAAAUCUGCUGCCAAACUCGGGUUCGAAGCUGAUUGAGAACAAUGGUGGUCUUUGGUUGAACCACUCAAUGGACGCGGCGGCAGUGGACCCGCCCCUGCACAUUAUCCAUGGCCUCAGUACGCCCACCGCAGAUGGCAGUAAGGUGCAGAUUGCUCUGUCAUUCAUGCUCGUUGUCAUCGCCUGCAAUAUAGUGAAGACUAUGGCUAUGUUCCUUACUCUUCGGGAAUUAUCUUCGCCUCGGAUUUUAACAAGCGGCGAUGCAGUCGCUUCCUUCCUCGCUAGGCCAGAGUAUAUUACUCUUGGAAUGUGCACCUUCGGCAAGCAUGCCAUGAGAAACGUCUGUUGUUUGUUCAGAGCUACUCUCGGCGCUGAACCGCAACUUCUCAGGUCUAUGGGCGUCUCUUUGUUAGCGUUGGCUGAUACAAACAGGGCAUUCCUAUGCACCGCGGCAAUCGCACUCGUGCUUGUAACUGUCCUGCUUGGCGUACAACAAUCGAGCUUAUCGGCAUGGGGAACAGCUUCGUCACUGCGCUUGAACCUUGCUCCACAAUCUUUCACAGCCAAGGGCAUCCUCAUCAAUUCUUUUAUAGCCAACUUCCCUCAAAUCGUACUUUCAGCCUCGUAUUUUGCGGUCAACAGGCUUUGCACGUCCAUGUAUUUUACAGAGGAGUGGAACAGCUACGCAAGCUCGCGGAAAGGACUUCGCGUCUCCGAUGCUAAGGGCGAGCAGCGAGAUACUUAUUUCCUCCAGCUACCUUAUCGCUGGGCUGUGCCUCUGGCCGUCAUGUGCGGGAUUCUGCAUUGGCUCUUGUCACAGUCCAUCUUUCUUGUCCGGCUCGAUAUCCACGGCGAAAACGGCCAGCUUAUUCCCUCCGAAUCCAAGUCCGCGUGCGGUUAUUCCCAGUCAAGUACACUGGUUUUCGCUCUGGUUACAGUCGGCUGUAUCGUAGUCAUUUUGCUUCUCCGGCUGCGGCACAUUAAGGUUGGCAUUCCGAUAGCAGCACAUUGUAGUCUUGCAAUCAGUGCAGCUUGCCAUCCGCCGCCAGACGAAGAAGAGCCGCACCUUAAACCUGUGCAGUGGGGCGUUGUGCGGAACCGCUUUGGUGGUGAGAUUGAUCAUUGCACGUACUCUAGCGAGCCGGUUACUGCUCCUGAGCCGGGGAAGCGAUAUGCUUGA